CGCACGCACGCGCGCUGACGCCGUGGCGGGGCCCUGAGGGGAGGAGCGUCGCGGUUGCUGGCGGCGCAGCUGGAGCGGGGCUGAGACGCCGCCGCCGCCCGGGAGAGCCGGAAGAAAUGAGCCUAAAGUCUGAACGCAGAGGAAUUCACGUUGAUCAGUCAGAGCUACUGUGCAAGAAAGGAUGUGGUUACUAUGGAAACCCUGGUUGGCAGGGCUUCUGCUCCAAGUGCUGGAGAGAAGAGUACCAUAAGGCAAGGCAGAAGCAGAUUCAGGAUGACUGGGAGCUGGCAGAGCGACUUCAGCGUGAGGAGGAAGAAGCCUAUGCUAGUAGUCAGAGUACACAAGGGGCCCAGUCACUCACCUUUUCCAAGUUUGAGGAAAAGAAAACAAAUGAAAAGACACGCAAGGUGACAACCGUGAAGAAAUUCUUCAGUGCUUCUUCCAGGACAGGAGCUAAGAAGGCUGCUCAAGAGAGAAAUCUUAAGCAAGGACAGCUUGGGAGGGAGCGAAAUGCUGAUAACAUUCUCAGGGACUUGAAGGAGAUUUUUACUCCCUCCUGGGAGCUGGCUUCCCCUACUGAAGCAGAGAUUCAUGAAGCUAAGGCUCCUAGCCCUUCGAUAAACAGGCAGGUCAGCAUUGAGACAGAUCGAGCGUCCAAGGAGUUUAUAGAGUUUCUCAAGACCUGUCAUAAAUCUGGUCAAGAAAUUUAUAAGCAGUGCAAAAUAUUUUUGGAAGCAAUGCAUCACAAAAGGGAAUUAAGUAUUGAGGAACAAUCUGAAUGUGCCCAGGACUUCUAUCAAAACGUAGCAGAGAAAUUACAGACCCGUUCGAAAGUUUCCCCAGAAAAAGUUGAGAAAGUAAUGGACCAGAUUGAAAAAUAUAUCAUGACCCGAUUGUAUAAAUAUGUGUUCUGCCCUGAAACAACUGAUGAUGAGAAAAAGGAUCUGCUUGUCCAAAAGAGAAUCAGGGCUUUACACUGGGUUACUCCACAAAUGCUGUGUGUUCCUGUUAAUGAAGAAAUUCCAGAAGUCUCUGAUAUGGUUGUGAAAGCAAUUACAGAUAUUAUCGAAAUGGAUUCAAAACGUGUCCCUCGUGAUAAGUUAGCAUGUAUCACCCAAUGCAGCAAACAUAUCUUCAACGCUAUAAAAAUCACAAAAAACGAACCAGCUUCUGCUGAUGACUUCUUACCGACACUCAUAUAUAUUGUUUUGAAGGGAAACCCACCCCGCCUGCAGUCCAACAUCCAGUAUAUAACCCGCUUCUGUAAUCCAAGCAGGUUAAUGACUGGAGAGGAUGGCUACUAUUUUACCAAUCUGUGCUGUGCUGUGGCCUUCAUUGAAAAGCUGGACGGUCAGUCUUUAAAUCUAAGCCAGGAGGAUUUUGAUCGCUACAUGUCGGGCCAAAUGUCUCCAAAGAAACAAGAAUCUGAAAACUGGUCUUCUGAUGUGUGCCUAGGUGUUAAACAGAUGUAUAAAAACUUAGACCUUCUCUCUCAAUUGAAUGAAAGACAGGAAAGAAUUGUCAGUGAAGCCAAGAAGCUUGAGAAAGACCUUAUAGAUUGGACUGACGGAAUAACUAAGGAAGUCCAAGAUAUUGUUGAAAAAUAUCCAUUGGAAAUAAAACCAAAAAAUCAACCCUUAGCAGCUAUUGACUCCGAAAACGUAGAGAAUGAUAAAUUGCCCCCACCACUGCAGCCUCAGGUUUAUGCUGGAUGAUAAUUUACCAGGAAAGUAUUAACUGCAAAAGGAAUUUUUACACACCUAUUACUAUUUGCUGCUUGGAAAGGGGAAUACGUUUGAGGCUAAAAAAUCAAAUGAGUUUAAAUCAGUACAUUUUUAAAGGUACAAUUAUUUUGUUUAGAGUGUAAUAAAUUGUAUUUAUUUUAGUCAGAGUAGGUUUCUAUUAGGCUUUUGUGGGUUUUUGAACUGAAUUUAAAUUUUCUACACAAAGCCAAUGUAAUUUUUAAGCAACACUAGUCCAUUGACAACUUUUUCCUGAAAGCUUCCUUCUAGGCAUGCACUUGUGUUUUUAAAUAAUGAGUUUAAUUUAAAUUUAAGAAGAAAAAGAUUAGCAGUACUUCUUGAAUGAUGCAAGGCUGGGCGUUCUAGCAGAAACUCAAAGGUACCAGUGUUCCAGAGCCUGAAUUUAUUCUAUAGUUGUAAUGAUGAAAGAUAUAGUGUAAAAUAAAUAUGUAGAAUUGUAAAUAGGUUUAAAAAAGUAAUGUUUCAACUGUGCAUGGCACCUUGUGUAUUAGUACAAAAUGAUAUAUAAAAAUGUCCAUUUUUAGCAGCUUUUAUUUAGUUCAACAUGAACUUCACGGUAUAUAAGGAAGUACGCCAUUAAUGUAUUUUAGCAAGCUGGAUGAUGCAACAGAAUGAACUGCAGAUUUGAAAGCUUGACAGAACUAUGUCAUAGUAUUCAUAGCUUUUAAGCUCAUUCUUUAUAAUAACUCUUGGGAUCUGAAAAUGGAAAUAUUUUUUUCAUCUUAACAUUUGCCUCCAUUUUUGUCAGUACACUGAUGGUCUGUUGGGUUGCAGGUAGUUGCUGGUGUUGCUUAUUUCUAAGAAGAAAGAGCAUUGAAGCAGGUUUUGGAAGGAGAGGAAAAUGACAGCCUUGGAACACGAUAGUUGUGGGGGAAAUGGCUCAAAUGCUCGGCCAACAGUGACUGACUCCCAUGCAUCAUAUGAACGUGUUUUAGAGGCUACUUUAUUAAGAGCAUGACCCUUUGCUAUGAGCAAGAAAGAGCACAUUUAUUUUUGCAAAAUUGCACUAUUCCAGGCUUUAGUGAUUUUUGAGUACUGAAAGUGAACAAGUUAAGCAUCAAGGUUAAUACAGUUCACUUCACAAAAGCUUUACAUCACUGUGUACUGUAUUUCAUGUGAAAAAUAACCCGGUAGUCCACUCCACAAAACAUGUAACCAUUUGCAGAUUUUUUUUAUACUCCAGUGAAACAUUUUAUAUAUCAUUUUAAAUAUCUUCCAGUUAAUUUAGUCUGCCAUGGCUUGUACGUGUACCUGUGAUAUUUAAUGCUUUUCAGAGAUAUUUUCCUUAGCUUGGCUAAGGGCUGUUCUUAAGCAACAUUAAAUUUUUUCCAUCAAAGGGAGGGUACCUAUCCCUUCAUUGUAUUCCAUUGCUUUAAAAAUACUGAUACUUCAAAAUUUGCACUGCAAUAAUUUCAGACCAAAACUGUGACUUGUCCUAUUUUUAAUUCUCAAAUUGCUGUGUUUAGCGGUUUGAACUAUGCAUUCCUAGUGUUUUAAAGGUAACUAAUUACCCACAUUUCCCUGCAGAGAUGCAGCAAUGAGUCAGUUGAUCACAAGAAAUUACUCUGAGUAGUUACUGUACAUUGAUGAGACUCUGCUCCUAGACUGUUUAAGACCUGGUCAAUGCUUGUAGUGAGUGUUUAUUUUCUCUACAUACAUUAGGUGCUAAUUCUGAUAUCCAGGUACACAUUUGUCUCUUUCCUAAAACUAAAUAAAUAAAUAAAAAUUGUACACACCUUUUAGCUACUGCAUACUAAAUUGCUGUUAAAUAAAAAUAUGUGCAUUA